CUGGCUGACUGCCUACCACUUGGCUGUUACUGCUGCUGCUUUGGUGCUUCAAGCUAUAUCCUGUCCCCUCCGCUUGUACCACGAGCCAUCCUCUCUUCAAUUCCCUCUCCCCUUUUGUAGAAGCACCUGUCGCUACACACACGGCGACUUUAACGUUAGGGGCUCACCAGAGGUAACUAGACGGGUUAUCAGUCGGCGCAACAUCUUCGUCGCGACGGGACAUAGAAAGAAAGAGAAAAAGAAAGAGAGAGAGAGAGCGAUCUGAUCCCCCUCAACGUAAAAAAGGGGGUAGUUAAUUUUCACCCUUAGAAAAUUUUUAUAAUCAUUAAAAAAAAUUUUUUUUUCAAUAUCAAAAAAUUUUAUUAUUGUUCGGUGACAGUGGUGGGAACAUGUGAUUUCGUGGGUCAAUUGCAAUAAACGAACAAUGUGAAUUGUGUUUGAAGGUAUCUUAUCUCGGUGAUUCUUAUCGGAGACUGUGUCUUUUACCUCUAUCCGUUAACUUGCUCUCUAGAGGUGAAUUGUCCUGGACCAAACGAACAAAAAGGGGGGUAAACACUGGGAGGCAGUCGGGAUGCGUUACACGGAGCCGCUUAGCUCCAGGUAACACGUGGCGACUUCACGCCUUCCGCACUCACCAGGAAAGCUGUUUCAGCGUGAGAGGCUGGGACAUCCAGGAUGCUAGGGGUGCGGAAGUUGCUACGUUUGCUGAUCUAUAUGGUGAUUGGCUUGAAAAACGUGAGUAGCAACAGUGAUAUUUGGCCAUUAGAAAGACCAGACGGAAUGCCUGCGAUACAAUCACUUGAAGUAAUGUGCGGAAAGGAUCAUAUGGAUGUUCAUCUUUCAUUUUCUCAACCCUUUGAGGGUAUUGUUUCUUCAAAAGGCCAACACGCUGAUCCACGUUGUGUUUACGUUCCACCUUCAACUGGACAAACAUUCUUUUCUUUUCGAAUAGCAUACGCAAGGUGUGGUACGAAACCGGAUAUGCAUGGACAAUUUUACGAGAAUACUGUAGUAGUUCAAUACGAUAAAGAUCUACUUGAGGUUUGGGACGAAGCAAAAAGGCUACGAUGUGAAUGGUUCAACGAUUAUGAAAAAACAGCUUCGAAACCACCAAUGGUUAUUGCUGAUCUCGAUGUCAUUCAACUAGAUUUUCGAGGAGACAAUGUGGACUGCUGGAUGGAAAUUCAACAUGGAAAAGGACCAUGGGCACCGCCAGUGUCGGGAAUUGUUCCAUUGGGUUCAACAUUGACUCUUGUCGUCGCUAUAAAUGAUUACCGAGGUAACGAGCGAGCCAUCAAAGUCCAAGGUGAAUUUGACAUGCGAGUAAAAUCAUGUGUUGCUUCCGAUGGCGGUGGUCAUACAAUUCAGCUGAGCGAUGAAUUUGGCUGUGUACUUAGGCCAAAAAUGAUUAGUCGUUUUUUGAAAGCACGAGGUUCAGACGAUCGUGCAACUGUCAUAACGUACGCUUUCUUUCAUGCCUUCAAAUUUCCUGAUGCACUCAGUGUUCAUAUCAAAUGCAAGGUGGAAAUAUGUCGACAUGGAUGUUUGGAUCAUUGUCAAUUGAGUGAUUCUGCGGACAGAAUUCAAGAAAGAAAAGACGUUAAUGUAAGACCAUUAUAUUCGCAAACAACAACUACGGCAACAAGUGCAAGUCACGAGGAGGAUGGAUUAAUGUACGAUGACAUUAUUCAAAAUAAUAAUAAUAAUGACGCAAUGACCUCAGUUGGUGGCCAGUUUCUUGGUGUUGAAAAAUCAGCACCUAAAGCACAAGCACAAAUGAUGAGCAAUCGUGUUUCAAUGUCCGAUGGUAGCGAAACAAAUUCCGGUACAACAUCCAUGGAUCCACAGCAUUUACCUCCUAUUUUGGAACCUGCUCGAGUGACGCGAUACGAUGGCGAGGAACGAUUUCCACAUGGUCCUCGUAACCUCGACGAAGAAGAGGACACACCACAGGAUGAUGAUGAUGCUGACGCAGAGAAAAAUUCAAAAGAAAAUUCGUCAGAGAAAAAAAUCAUCAAUCCAGAAUCAAGAAGGGGUGAAAGAAUAAUUCAUCAUCAUCAUCAUAAUCAUCAUCAUCAACAGCAAUCAACGGAGAAUCCAAUUCGUCGAAAACGUUCCGUGAUUGUGUCCGAUCGUAAGGUGCGAAGUGCUGACGUUGGAGUGAGUGGCAUCUAUGAGGUCAUAUCCGAGGCUGACCUUGCCUUCAGUCCCGAUACACACGCCGAGGCUGUCACUGUAUUUCAAGGAAGAAUACGCGAAGAAGUUGUUUAUGGAAUUUGCCUUCCGGUACCGGGUUUCAGUGCACUUUUUGUUAUUGUUGCAUUGUCAGCAGUAAUAUCGGCGCUUGUCGCUGGUGCAAUGUUACAUCGAUUACAAGUUCAACGUGAAAUGAUGAGGGAAAAUCAAAAGAAUCAUCAUCAUCUUCAUCAUCAUCAUCAUCAACAGCAACAACAACAGCAACAAAAUGAGACGAGCAAUGGAUGGUUGUCUUAUGGAUUGUUGAGAGUACGUUGCUCUGAUCGAUUACAAUCACAAAAACCAGGGGCCAACCCGGUUGAACAAGGUUGAAUGAAAAAUACAUUAUAUUUAUUUACAAUAUAUAUAUAUAUUCGAUCCAAUGAUUUUAAAAGGGAGAAAAAAAUUAAUAAAAAAAAAACAAAAAAAAAACAAGCGCGAAUGCCGUCAAAGACAAUGUGCAAUAUACUGUACAAAGUACCGUAAGUGCGUAUAUAUGUAUAACCCAUUUUCUCUAUAUAGAAUUUCUACGCGAGUAUAUAUAUAUAAGUAUAUAGUAAAUCAUAUACUUCGAAAACUGUUUGCUAUAUAAAACUGUUGAAUCAGAAAAAGAAUUACUGAUUUUUUCAAUUGUUUGAGAAACAUAAUUCAUUUUUAUAAUGGAUUUUUUUUAACGAAACAAAUUCUGAUUUUUUCCCUUGAAACGAAGUUUACAUAUAAGAAAACUAAUAAACACAAUAAUUAUUUUUAUUUAGUUUUUUAUAAUCUGUAAACGACAAAAUUCACUCAAAUCAGUUUUUUUUACUUUUUAUAAGUAGUAAAAGGUGGAUUUAGUCAGACAACGCAUUUCCGUAUUCUAGAAAUUUCAGUAGUAAUGUAUGACAUUGGUCAGACAAAACUGUUUUUAUACUUUUUUUUUAUUUUUUAUAAGUAGUAAAAGACAUCUUUAGUCGGACAAAAUUUUUUCGAAUUCCUAAACUUUCAGUAGUAAUAUACGACUUUAGGCAGACAAAAUUAUUUUUAUUCUUCUUUAAUUGUCUAUGAGUAGCAAAAAUCAGCAUUAGUCAGUCAAUAGAUUUCCGAAUUCCAAAAAUUUCAGUAGUAAUAUACGACUUUGGUCAGACAAACGGUUUCAUUCUCUUUUUCCGUUUUUACAAGUAACAACAGUCAGUUUUAGUCAGACAAUAUUUUUCCGAAUUUCAAAAUAUUCAGUAGUAAUGUACGACAUUGGUCAGACAAAACUGUUUUUAUUCUUUUUUUUAGUUUUUAUAAGUAGUAAAAGCUAUUUUUAGUCGGACAAUAUUUUGCCGAAUUCCAAAAAUUUCAGUAGUAAUAUACGAGAUUGGUCAGACAAAAUUGUUUUUAUUCGCUUUUUAUUGUUUUUAAGUAGUGAAAGUCAAUUUUAGUCCAGACAAAACUUUUCCGAUUUCUCAAUAAUUCAGUAGUAAUAAGGACUUUGGUCAAACAAAACCGUUUUUUCCGUUUUUAAGUAGAAAAAUCCACCUUUAGUCAGACAAACUAUUUAAUUAUUUUGCAAUUACACAAUUAGUAGAGAAGGAUAAUUUCAGUCAGACAAAACGAUAUAUUUUAUAAUUAUUGUAAAAGUACUAAUAAAACAAAUUUACUUACACUA